AUGCCUGCAAAGCUGGGUGGUAGAAUAGUGGGUGACUACAAGCGCGGAAACGUGCCGCAUCUCAACAACAACACGAAUAACCGUAUCAAGUCCAAGUGGGGAAAGAUAAAAGAUGACAUUAAGAAUAAGUUCACGAUCGCCCAGCCAGUGACUAACUCCAUUACAUUACAAGAAUACGCGGAGGAGCAAUAUAUCGCCGAGUUCAGUCGUGUGGGCGGUAGGCUAAGUGGCUUGAAUGAAGAUUCCGAGCCUGUGUCUCUCACACUGCAGAUUAGCGAGUUUGCACUGGAGCACGUCUCGGCAGAACACGAGGACUUCACGACGAACUUCGGCAAAACAGGCAACGCUGUUGUAAGGAGUCCCAGGCCUGGAAAAGCGUAUCAAGAUGAGACAGCA